AUGUCUGACUCCGAUUUCGAGCAGGUCAGGCGGCUGCAAGCCGAGCGCAAUGCUGCUGCUGCCGCCAAAAAAGGUUCAAAAACCUUUGAUCCAUCCAGUCAGCGCACUGACUUUUCCACCAAGGCCUCCCUGACUGAAUCGUUUGACACCGAUCUUUAUGAACGGAAUGGCGUGGAUAAGUAUGCUGGUUAUAAUACCUCUAUUCCGAUCGAUGGGGAUGAGGAUAUGGAGGAUGCAGAUACCGGACAUCGUCUGGUGGGUCAAUACACUGCCAGCAAGGAUCUAAUCAAUGAGAUGGCAAGUGGUAACGGGGUCGAAGAGGAGGACAUUCUGCUUGGACGUGAAAAGUCCGCAAGGAUUGCCGACCGGGAGAGCGACUACCAAAAACGCCGAUUCAACCGUGGCCCUCUCACUCCGACUCGAGCCGACCCCUUCGCCGCGAACGCACAUGCCAACAUCGAGUCCGAGGGCCAGACUUAUCGAGAAGUCAUGGCCCUCCGAGAACUUGAAAAAGAAGAGGAACGUAUUAGGAAACUCAUCAGUGAGAAGCAGGCCGAAGGUGAAGGAGUUGAAUACCAGGCCACUUUGAAAGAUGAAGCUGACAAAGAGAACGUUGAUGCUGGUUCAACUGUCACCGUCGCCGCUGGACGCAAGAGAAAACAGCGAUGGGACGUAACUUCAGAGGAAGCCGCCGCACCUGCCGAGGACGAAACCACCAAAGUCAAAGCCAAAAAGUCACGAUGGGAUCAGACCCCAGCUGUGCCUACGCCAGACGAACAAGCCCCAAAGCGACGUUCCCGUUGGGAUCAAGCACCAGUUGCUCCAGCAAUCGGGGCCACUCCUGUUGGCCAACCAGGACUCGCAACACCGGCCCAUCCGUCCGCGGGUCCUGUAGCAGCUUUUGGGACAGAUGUUUCCGGGCGUAACGGUGUGUGGUCAGACGAGGAACUGGAUUUGAUGCUUCCUUCCGAAGGCUAUCAAAUCCUGGAGCCUCCUCCUGGGUACGAACCGAUUAGGAACCCCGCGCGGAAGCUUAUGAGUACCCCAGCUGCCGUACCUAGUGCAGGUGGAUAUGGUGGCUUCAUGAUGCAAGAACCAGAGAAUGCUCGCGCUCUUGGUAAGCAACUCCCGACAGAUAUCCCCGGAGUAGGAGAUCUCCAAUUUUUCAAAGCAGAAGAUAUGGCAUACUUUGGGAAACUGGUUGAUGGCGCGGAUGAAAACAGCCUGUCAGUGGAGGAAUUAAAAGAGAGGAAGAUUAUGAGGUUGCUGUUGAAAGUCAAGAACGGAACACCCCCUAUGCGUAAAACCGCACUUCGUCAGCUCACCGACAAUGCUCGUCAAUUUGGUGCUGGUGCCCUUUUCAACCAGAUUCUUCCGCUUCUGAUGGAGAAAUCACUGGAGGAUCAAGAACGCCACUUGCUGGUCAAAGUCAUUGACCGUGUCCUCUAUAAACUCGAUGAUCUUGUUCGUCCAUAUACUCAUAAGAUUCUUGUCGUUAUCGAACCCUUACUCAUCGACCAAGAUUACUAUGCUCGAGUGGAAGGUCGUGAAAUUAUUUCAAAUCUGGCCAAAGCCGCAGGCCUUGCGCAUAUGAUUAGUACGAUGCGCCCAGAUAUCGAUCACGUUGAUGAAUAUGUGAGAAACACUACUGCCAGGGCAUUUGCUGUUGUCGCAUCAGCCUUGGGUAUACCGGCCCUCCUUCCCUUCCUGCGUGCAGUCUGUCGUAGUAAAAAGUCGUGGCAAGCUCGACACACAGGAGUGAAAAUCGUUCAACAAAUUCCUAUUCUUAUGGGAUGUGCCAUCCUGCCUCAUUUAAAAGGGCUAGUGGACUGCAUUGCAGAUAACCUCAGCGAUGAACAAGCUAAAGUGAGAACAGUCACUAGUUUGGCUAUUGCUGCAUUGGCCGAAGCGGCCAAUCCAUAUGGUAUUGAAAGUUUCGAUGACAUUCUUAACCCGCUCUGGACAGGUGCCCGGAAGCAACGUGGAAAAGGUCUUGCUGGGUUCUUGAAGGCUGUUGGGUAUAUCAUCCCUCUUAUGGAUGAAGAAUAUGCCAAUUACUACACUAGCCAGAUCAUGGAGAUUUUGCUUCGAGAAUUUUCCUCUCCAGAUGAAGAAAUGAAAAAAGUUGUUUUGAAGGUUGUGUCGCAGUGUGCUCAGACAGAUGGUGUCACCGCACAAUAUCUGAAAGAGCAUGUUCUUCAGGAUUUCUUCAAGAGUUUCUGGGUCAGGCGCAUGGCAUUGGAUAAGCGGAACUAUCGCCAGGUUGUUGAGACUACAGUUGACCUUGGCCAGAAAGUCGGAGUUGGAGAGAUAUUGGAGCGUAUCGUUAACAAUCUCAAGGAUGAAAGCGAAGCUUAUCGCAAAAUGACUGUGGAGACAGUAGAGAAGCUGAUAGCUUCCUUGGGAGCAGCCGACAUCUCGGAAAGACUGGAGGAGCGACUCAUUGACGGUGUCCUGCUUGCUUUCCAGGAACAAAGUAUCGAGGAUAUUGUGAUUCUCAACGGAUUUGGCACAGCCGUCAACGCUCUAGGUACCAGAUGCAAGCCAUAUCUUCCACAGAUUGUCAGCACCAUUCUCUGGCGAUUGAAUCACAAGUCAGCCACGGUCCGCCAACAAGCUGCCGACCUCGUUUCUCGAAUCACUAUGGUAAUGAAGCAGUGCGGCGAGGAUGCGCUUAUGGGCAAACUCAGUGUCUUGCUGUAUGAGUAUCUAGGUGAAGAGUAUCCUGAAGUUCUUGGCUCAAUCCUUGGUGCUUUACGAUCCAUUGUUACUGUCGUAGGUAUCAAUCAGAUGCAGCCUCCGAUCCGCGAUCUCCUUCCUCGGCUCACCCCUAUUCUUCGCAAUCGACACGAAAAGGUACAAGAGAAUACUAUUGAUCUAGUCGGUCGUAUUGCCGAUCGUGGGCCUGAAUCCGUCAAUGCUCGAGAAUGGAUGCGCAUUUGCUUCGAGCUGCUGGACAUGUUGAAAGCACACAAGAAGGGCAUUCGCCGUGCUGCCAACAACACAUUUGGUUUCAUUGCCAAGGCAAUCGGACCUCAAGACGUGCUUGCAACGUUGCUUAACAACUUGCGAGUACAGGAACGUCAGUCGCGAGUUUGUACAGCUGUUGCUAUCGGUAUUGUUGCGGAGACCUGCGCUCCGUUUACUGUGCUUCCUGCUUUGAUGAAUGAAUACCGAGUUCCAGAACUCAACGUGCAGAACGGCGUCCUCAAAGCCAUGUCAUUCUUAUUUGAAUAUAUCGGAGAAAUGGCCAAGGACUAUGUUUAUGCAGUGACUCCUCUUCUCGAAGACGCAUUGAUCGACCGUGACCAAGUCCACCGUCAAACAGCGGCUAGUGUUGUCAAGCACAUUGCACUUGGCGUUGUUGGUCUUGGAUGUGAAGACGCGAUGGUGCACCUGCUCAAUCUCCUGUAUCCUAACAUUUUCGAGACUAGCCCACACGUUAUUGACCGUAUCAUCGAGGCCAUUGAUGCAAUCCGCAUGGCGGUUGGCACUGGUGUGGUCAUGAACUAUGUGUGGGCAGGCCUUUUCCAUCCAGCGCGCAAAGUGCGUACGCCGUACUGGAGGUUGUAUAACAAUGCAUACGUGCAGAGUGCGGAUGCCAUGGUACCUUAUUAUCCGGACUUGGACGAUGAUGGGGUGUCGAGGGCUGAGCUCGCAAUAGUGAUCUAG